AUGCGUUUCCACCUGAGAAUUCUGGCGGUCGUUUCAAUCAUCGCCGCCUGCACCUCGGCUGCGCCUUCCGGGGCUAUCGACACUCGCAGCGGCAACCCGACCUCGUUCGAUAUCUCGAACAUCAAGAACCCCGGCACCGAUGCCGACGUCGUUUCGGCCGGCAAUGACGAUUCCUCGCUCCUCGCUACGCUCCAAUGCAACACGUCGGUCUCGUCCCCGACCUUCCACGAGGUCGACACCUGCAUCUCCAAGGUGCUCUACAAGAAGUCCUGCAGACAGGUCAACGGUAACAACAAAUGCACCCUCGUGGAGUCCUCCGCCGGCAGCAGCAUCCUUCUCUGCGGAAAGAACAACUUUUUGAUGACGUGCAACUAUGUGGCCUACGCCGCCCAGCAGAUCCGCGACAAGUGUGGAAAGCAGGGCAAGGCGAGUGGAUCGUGGUACUUUGACGGCAACGAGUCUGGCAUGCGUGUUGUGGUUAAUUAA